GGGCCGGGGAGGCGGGGCUAGUUUGAGGCCAAAGAAAGCCGGUGUAGGUGGGCACGCACCGUAGGAGGCGGGGCCUGCCCAGCCAGGCCAAUCAGAGCAGGAAGUUCUCGACGGUAAUGGCGGACGCGGUCCUGUUUGAGUUUCUGCACAUGGAAAUGGUCGCGGAGCUGUGGGCGCGCGGCCCCGACCCCGGCCUCGGGGGGCAGAAGACGAGCCUGUCCGUCCUGGAGAGCGUGGGCUUCCGUGUGGGCCAGGCCCUGGGUGAGAGGCUGCCCCGGGAGACUCUGGCCUUCAGGGAGGAGCUGGAUGCCCUCAAGUUCCUGUGCAAGGACCUGUGGGCGGCUGUGUUCCAGAAGCAGAUAGAUGGCCUCCGCACCAACCACCAGGGGACCUAUGUCCUGCAGGACAACAGUUUCCCCCUCCUCACCCGGAUGGCCUCAGGCCUGCAGUAUCUGGAGGAGGCGCCCAAGUUCCUGGCCUUCACCUGCGGCCUCCUGCGCGGCGCCCUCGUUACCCUGGGCCUCAAGAGCUUGGUCACCGCUUCCGUGGCAGCUCUGCCCACCUGUAAGUUCCAGGUGGUGAUCCAGAAAUCCUGAGGAGCCCAGCCUCCCCUCCGUCCCCCCCACACCUGCCCUCACCUGCCUCAGGUGGCUGGUGGGCCCGGCCGCUGCCUUUGGGGUGAUUCCAGGGCUGUGCUGGGGACCCCCCUGGCUUGGAUGACAAACAAGGCAGGGGCCGUGGGGUGCUGCGGGAGGCGGGGUGGUCCCAGUGUGGAGGGGUCCUUGGGACUAGCCACCCCACCACGUGCAGCUACUGAGUAAAGGUGUGUGGGAGCAGACUGAAAGGUG